UUGGUUCGAAUUGCAAUUCAAACGUUUCAAAAGCGCUUGUAAGAUACAGAUGCAAUAUUCAAUAUUUUGAUUUUUAUGUUUGUCUGUUUGUGUAAGUAAAUCCUUAUCCACCACAGGUGAAAGAUGAACAAGAGACCAAAGUUAGAUUUAAUGUUUGAUAAACUGUUUGAAGAACUACCAACAUUUGUGAAGGAUGCCAGUAAAGAUCCCAACUCAUAUAUUACACAAAAUGGUAGCUUUAAAUAUGAUGACUUGGUUAAUCAGAAAUUCAUGAAGCAAAAAAGAAAAGACACAUCAGAUUUAUUGUCAUAUAAAGAUACUAAAGAACAAUCAGAAAACUUAACGAACAGUGAUUUGAUGGUAAAGGAUUUGCCAGGUCUGUUAAUAAGCACAGAAAAUGAUUUGAAAUUAUCGUCGGGUAGAAAUAAUAACCACAGCAAAACUUUUAAUAAACCUUGUGAUCAGACACCACAGUAUAUAUCAGCAUCAGUUCUUCAUUAUCAUGAUGAACAGUCGGAUAUAAGUCAUGCAAAUUGUGAAGAUAAAAGUGUUGAAGGUAAUGAUAAACAGUUAGAAAAAAAUGUAAAAAAUCAUCAGUCAUUAAGUUGUAAUAGUCACCUUGAUACUUUUAAUACAUACACACCAGAAAAUGGUCACUGUAAUCAUAAUUUGAACUUGGCAGCAGCAUUAGACAACAGUCACUCCAACCAUGUGAUUAACUUGUCAGCAACGUCAGAUGAUAAUUUAUCUGAUAUUAAUGCAGCUGUAAAUCAGUUGAUGGAACAGUCAAAUCAACACAAGCACACACCAGAAAGUAAUGUUAUGUUUCCAUGGCAACAGUGGCCAGUAAAUCAGUCAUCUAGUUUGUUGUUAGAGAAGGGUCAACAGCUUCCAAAUCAGGAUCAACUAGACUUGAAGCCUUCUACAAGAAAAAGUUCCACUUCGAGUUUGGAAAAUAAAAGACAAGGUGUAAAUUUAGAAGAGAAAAAGCUUGCUGAUUAUAAACAAGGAAGAGAUGUUAAUUUGGAAAUGUCAAAACAGAAUCAUAAAUUUGCAUUAGAUGACAUUAAACAGAAAGAAGAUCCUAAACCAAUAUGUCAGAUUAUUGCAGAAAAAUGUGAUAUAAACAAGUCAUCAAAUGAUAGAUUAGAUUUGCAGCCUUCAUCAAGAAGAUCAAGGAUAUGUUCUGAUGAAAGUAGAAACAAGAAAAAGUUGAGGGAUGUCAGUUUUGAUAAAGAUACUAUGAGGUGUAAUGAUGAAUGUAGAAAGGAAGGACAAAGUUCAACAGACUGUGUUAGUACAUGUAUAACAUGUAUAAAUGAUUGUCCUAACAACAAACUGCAGAAUGAUUGUACUGUUGCUGUACAGAAAAUAGGGAGGAGAAAACAAGGUGUUAUAAGGUACAGCCAACCUAUAGAAAAAGUUGGAAUAAUCGAAAAAUGUGAUAAUUCAAACAAAACUAAAACAAGCAAUCCUAUAAAAAGUCUAAAGGAUAACUUAAUCAAUUCAACAAAUCAUGUGUCUAACUAUCAUUCUAAAGAUAAAGUAUUUAGUACCUUCUUGGAUAUUUCAAAAACGGCAGUUUGUCCAAAUAACAACCAUGAAAAACAAGGGACAUCACUAUGUAAUAAACUAAAUUGCUCAAUGAGCAAGACAAAGAAUGAUUGUAAUGCCCCUUGUUUAUUGGACCAAAAUUUAAAUGGCAUAAAUCAAAGUUGUGAAAACACCUGUAACGAUGGAAACAGUCCAGCUAUAAAUUGUUUUUUAAAGGGAACUAAAAGAAAAAGGUAUACUUCUUUGUCAGAUGAACUCACAGGAAAGGCAAAGAAGGUAAUCAAGGAAUCACAUUCUUGUUCUAAUAGAAAGGAAAGUCAUAAAAUAAGUCAAGUGAAAAAAGGUAAAAAACAAAAACACAGUACAGUGAAAAGGGAAACCAUGAAGCAUAAAGGCUUUGCUUUCAGUGAACACAAAUUUAUUCACAAAAUCCACAAAAGAAUAGCUAAAUCUAGUGAUCUAAUGCCAAACGAGAUGAAUGUAGAUGUUGAUGGCGAGACAAUAGAUACAGAUAGUAUAACAGAACUAGAGAAUAUUAUACCUUUAGCUGUAGUUAUAAACAAACAUACCAGAAAGGCUAGAGUUAGACAAGAAAAACAAAAAGGUGCUUUACAUAGACAUGUAACAAAAGAUGCCAUUUGGACAACUGUUAACUUAAAGUAUUAAAUAUCACAUCAUUAAACACUAUUUUAUGAAUUUCAUGUUUUAAACCUGUGAUAAAUACAAAUAAAAUUGUUAUGUUUUGAAA